AUGACCGCCUCAACCGACUCCCCGAGAGGUACUCUUCACCACGAGGUCAACCCUCGCCAAAACCACAAUCAAGACAACACCAACGACACAGCUGAAAACCAACCAACCAAAAUCCCCUUGCGAAUCGCCAUCCUCCUCAACUCGUACCGCUCCCCACACAUCUCCUCCAUCCGCGACUCCUACACACGCUGCUUCGCCUCCUUAACGCAAUCCCCAACCUGCCGCUUCCAGCCUGCUUUAUCGUUCUUCUACCCAGCCGACAACUUUUACUGCUGUCCCCAGGGUCCUCACAACGAGCGGGACGGAUGUUACAACGACGGCGGGGGUAAUAAUGGGGGGUCUGCGGAGUUGUCGGACGGGGCCUUGUCGUCUGAUUGUUCGAACGGGUUUGGGGGUCGGUCCUCUUCGGACGACUCUGAGUCUGAUGGUGGUCCAAAGAGCGAGGCUACCAGAGGUACAAAGGUUGAUGCAAAAGCUAAUAGGACAAGCAGCAGCAGGAUGAAAGAAUUCCUGCCUGAUCCGGCGGAAUUUGACCUGAUUGUUAUCGGAGGGGGAAACGCUGAUCCGAGAAAGAGACAUGCGUGGAUAUUGAGGGUGCAUGAAUUUCUAGGAGUAACAGACUCGAAACUCACCCCCGCCGGGUUACAAUUUUUCAAUGACCGAGGGCCACCAUCAACAGCAGGAGGAAAAGCAGAGGAAAAGAAGAGCUCGCUAAGACUUCAUCAACACCAUCGUCGACAGCUUGUUUCUACACCACCCAAUUUUCACCAAUUACUCGCCAACAAUGAAUGUCUCCUCUCACACGAUAACAGCGUCUUGACGUUUCAAGGACAUCCGGAGAAGGACGCAAAGGCGGCCAAGCUAAAGAUUAGAGAUGCGGCGAGAUGGUGGGGGUGGGAUUUGAAUGAUCCCAAAGCGAUGGAAGAGGUGAACGGGUUGAUGGAGAGGGAACAUGAUGGGAAUUGGGUGUGGGAGAGGGUGUUGGAAUGGGUUUGGGAGGGUCUGAGGGAAGAAGGGGAGGGAGACAAGGGAAAUGAGUUGGAGUGGAAGUUGUGAUUUAUGAUCAUGGCGGCUGGUGUGCUGGUCGCAUCAGUCGCGAGCUAUUGUUUUGAUGAUGGACAUGCAUUUGUGCACUACGGGCGUCAAUCAUUGGGAGGAGAUACCAAGUUGUUGUAGUUACCCUAUUAUUUGGGUGAAAGCGCUAGAUAAGGAGUGGGGGGAUUGAAUUGGAGUCGGCAUGUCAUCGGUCUGAA